CCCCCCAACAGGAAGCCAGUCUGCUUUUGGCUACGUGGAAGUAGCUCCUGAUAUUUCCGAGGCUGAGAGCAUCUGCUGCCCUCGUCCGUCAUCUCCAGUUAAAAUGAUUAAAAAAUUUGACAAGAAGGACGAAGAGUCUGGAAGUGGGUCAAACCCUUUCCAGCACUUGGAGAAGAGUGCAGUUUUGCAAGAGGCACGGAUCUUCAAUGAGACCCCCAUCAAUCCAAGAAGAUGUCUCCAUAUCCUCACCAAGAUCAUCUACCUUCUCAAUCAGGGAGAGCAUUUUGGGACCACCGAAGCCACUGAGGCUUUCUUUGCGAUGACGAGGCUGUUCCAGUCUAAUGAUCAAACCCUGAGGAGGAUGUGCUACCUGACUAUCAAGGAGAUGGCAAACAUCUCUGAGGAUGUCAUCAUUGUCACAAGCAGCUUAACCAAAGACAUGACUGGGAAGGAAGACGUGUACAGAGGUCCAGCCAUCAGAGCUCUGUGCAGGAUUACAGAUACCACCAUGCUGCAGGCCAUUGAAAGAUACAUGAAGCAGGCUAUUGUGGACAAGGUGCCCAGUGUGUCCAGUUCAGCUCUGGUCUCCUCUCUGCACAUGGUGAAGAUGAGCUACGAUGUGGUGAAGCGCUGGGUGAAUGAAGCCCAGGAAGCUGCCUCCAGUGACAACAUCAUGGUCCAGUACCACGCUCUGGGCCUGCUGUAUCACCUCCGAAAGAACGACCGUCUCGCUGUGACCAAGAUGCUCAACAAGUUCACCAAGUCGGGCCUGAAGUCGCCGUUCGCCUAUUGCAUGCUGAUCCGCAUCGCCAGCAAACUGCUGGACGAGACGGAGGGCGGUCACGACAGCCCCCUGUUUGACUUCAUCGAGAGCUGCUUGAGGAACAAGAAUGAGAUGGUUGUUUAUGAGGCUGCGUCCGCCAUUGUCCACAUGCCCAACUGUACUGCCAGAGAGCUGGCGCCCGCUGUCUCAGUUCUCCAGCUCUUCUGCAGCUCCCCUAAAGCAGCCCUGAGAUAUGCUGCAGUCAGGACCCUCAACAAGGUGGCCAUGAAACACCCGUCGGCUGUGACCGCCUGCAACCUGGACCUGGAGAACCUGAUCACCGAUUCCAACCGCAGCAUCGCCACCCUGGCCAUCACCACACUGCUGAAGACCGGCAGCGAGAGCAGCGUUGACCGCCUCAUGAAGCAGAUCUCCUCCUUUGUCUCUGAGAUUUCGGAUGAGUUCAAGGUGGUGGUCGUUCAGGCCAUCAGUGCCCUGUGUCAGAAGUAUCCCAGGAAGCACAGCGUCAUGAUGAACUUCUUGUCCAACAUGCUGAGAGACGACGGCGGCUUUGAGUACAAGCGGGCUAUCGUGGACUGCAUCAUCAGCAUCAUCGAGGAGAACCCCGAGAGCAAAGAGACGGGCUUGGCCCAUCUGUGCGAGUUCAUCGAGGACUGCGAGCACACAGUGCUGGCCACCAAGAUCCUGCACCUGCUGGGCAAAGAGGGGCCGCGGACCCCGCAGCCCUCCAAGUACAUCCGCUUCAUCUUCAACCGGGUGGUCCUGGAGAGCGAGGCGGUUCGUGCAGCUGCUGUGAGCGCUUUAGCUAAAUUUGGAGCUCAGAAUGACGAUCUGCUGCCGAGCGUCCUGGUUCUCAUGCAGAGGUGUAUGAUGGACAGCGAUGACGAGGUCAGAGACAGAGCUACUUUCUACAUGAACGUGCUGCAGCAGAAGCAGAAAGCUCUGAAUGCUGCGUAUAUCUUUAAUGGUCUGUCCGUGUCCAUUCCCGGCCUGGAGAAGUCCCUCCACCAGUACACCCUGGAGCCCUCGGAGAAGCCUUUCGACAUGAAGUCUGUACCUCUGGCCACCACUCCAAUCACGGAGCAGAAAUUGGAAAUUGCUCCUGUUGCUACGAGCAAACUGCCGGAGAAGUUGGCCCCAUCACGGCAAGACAUCUACCAGGAACAACUUGCCUCCAUCCCAGAAUUCCAGGCUCUCGGCCCGUUAUUCAAGUCGUCCGAGCCGGUGCAGCUGACCGAGGCCGAGACGGAAUACGUGGUUCGCUGCAUCAAGCACACAUUCGCCCGACACAUGGUGUUCCAGUUCGACUGCACAAACACACUGAACGACCAGCUGCUCCAAAAGGUGGUAGUACAGAUGGAGCCAUCAGAAGCCUACGAGGUAGCGCACUACAUCCCAGCCCCCAGCCUGCCCUACAGCCAGCCGGGCUCCUCCUACACGUUGGUGCGGCUCCCUGACGACGACCCCACUGCAGGUAGGAGCGUUGCUGGGACCGCUCAUGGUUUCCUUCACAGCCUGGAAAAGUCUAGAAUUUGUAUCAAAUCACAGUAUCCAUCGUAAGGGAACUAUUUGGAUACAGUAGUUGAUGCAUGUACUUCACAUAGUAAAUUUCUCAAACUUGGAAAAUGUGCGGAAAAACCUGUUUUGUCUGUGCAAAUCAUAAGGUUUACUCAUGUACGUGUCAAUGUCUGAAUCCUGCAGUGUAGAGGUACUUUGGUCUAUCUAAAUGCUUGAAUCUCAGUUUAUUCUCACAUUGUUUUUACUAGAUUAAGUACAUUAGAGAUCAUGACGCACCCCCUCCUCCAACCUGGCACCCAUCCAUCAUAGCAUUUUGUUGUCUCUCAUUGAUGUCUAGUAGAGCAACUUUGUCAUUAUUGGUCAAUUUAAUUGUUUUUUUCCAGC